AUGUUGACGAACCUAGUGGAGGAUGGAAAGCAUAAGUGUGUGCCCUACUGGAAGGAUUCGGGGUCGAUGAAUGUUGGGUAUUUUGAUGUGGUGGUGAAGGACGUCACUGAACGAGCGGACUACAUCAUCAGAAAGAUACAGAUCACCAACAUGAAGUCUAAGAAAUGCAAGAUAUUCGACCAUUACCACUUCACGUCAUGGCCUGACCACGGUGUACCCAAAGUGUUGGACUUACUGGAAUUCUUCUGGUUGACAAGAGAGACUUCCCUGUCCCGCCCUGGUCCUGUCCUGAAUCAGUAUGAAUGUAUUUUCACAAGUAUGCUUGAGGUUGUAGAGUAUGGACAGACGAGUAUGACAACAUCUGCAUACACACUAAACUAUGCUGAACUAAACGGAUCUUUAAACAUGGAAAACAUAGCUCUGGAUAAAGGAACCAGGCAGAGUUCUUACUGGAAAAAAUGGAUAAAAUCGUCACGUGCUGUAGAUGGCAGAAUGAGCACACGCUUUAGCGAAGGGUCGUGUAUCCACACAGGAAUCUCGUCGUCGUUCGAAUGGUGGCAGGUAGACCUUGGAAGAGAAUGCUACAUACACAAGUUAACCAUUCACUUCAGAACAGACUACAGACUUCGCAGAAAUGGUGUUGCGGUGUACAGUUCUGUUGAUGGAAGCCCCAAACCCACUGGUCACCUAUGUGGUUCAGUAACACGGUCCAGUCCAGAUGUGAUGUGGAUGACAUGUGACGAUACAGCUAGAUACAUCACACUUUACCAAGAUACAUACAACAGUCAAAAGUCUUGGCAGAAGGGUGACACGGCGAUGAAUUUCUGUGAAGUACAAGUGUUUGAAACCAAACUGGAGUGGACAGACGGUAGUGUGUGUGAUUCAAACCACUAUGGUCCUCUAUGUGAGAAAUCUUGCCCCAGCAGACACUGUGAUGAAUCACCUGAUAAAUCAUCAUGCGAUAAACAGACUGGAAAAUGUGUAAACGGAUGUACAGCAGGAUGGGUGGGAAAAGACUGUUUAAAAGCGUGUGACCCUGGAUCGUUUGGCAAACAUUGCACUCAGUUCUGCCACUGUCGAGAUGAGCCGUGCAACCACGUAACAGGAAACUGUACUGCCGGAUGUAAACCAAACUGGGCUGAGAUAACAUGCAGUGUGUGUGAUUCUUAUCACUAUGGUUCUCUGUGUGACAAAUCUUGCUCCAUGAGACACUGUAAUACGUCACACGAUAAUUCAUGUGACAAACUGACUGGGAAAUGUGACAACAGAUGUACACCAGGAUGGAUGGAAGAAGACUGUACAAAAAACAAAUAUAACAGAAAAGGCGUUACGGUGUACAGCUCAGUCGCUGAAAAUCAAAGAAACACUGGCCACCUGUGUGGUUCAAUAAACUCAACCAGUACAGAUGUGAUGUGGAUGACAUGUGACGAUACAGCUAGAUACAUCACAUUCUACCGAGAUAACAACAACAAAGACACGUCGAUGGACUUCUGUGAAGUCCAAAUAUUUGAGUGUGUCUCUAAUCACUAUGGUCCUCUGUGUGAAAACUCUUGCUCCAGCAAACACUGUAAUGUACCAUGCAACAAACGGACUGGACAAUGUGACAACGGAUGCACGGCAGGAUGGAUAGAACCAGACUGCGCAAAGAAAUGUUCACAAUCUACAUACGGUUUCCGAUGUGCAAACAACUGUAAUCAGCGAAAUUGUCUUGGAACCUCGUCGUGCGAUCACGUGACUGGGGGUUGUGAUCAAGGCUGUGAUCGAGGGUAUCAGGGUGAAGAUUGUACAACGAAAUGUUCAAAAUCUACAUAUGGUUUCCGAUGUGAAAACAACUGUAAUCAGCGAAAUUGUUUUGGAACUUCGUCGUGUGAUCACGUGAUUGGGAAAUGUGAUCAGGGCUGUAACAGUUAUCGAGGUUAUCAGGGUGAAGAUUGUACAAAGAGCAUUGCACAGACUGGUGCACCCGAUGAAAAUCCAGGACCAAUUAUCGGUGGUGUCAUUGGUACUGCUGUCGUUGUCGUUGUCGUGGCUGUCAUCGUUGUUGUGUUUCUGAAGUAA